GCCCCGUACCGCGCCUGCCUCCCCUUCCCUUCAUCUCGGCACCGGCGCUGGGAUCAGGCACCGCGUUGAACCUCUAAGUGUCGGUGCCCGGCGGGGUCCUUGCGUGCGCCGCCCGUGCGGGGAUGUCCGGGAGACCCCGCGCCGGGCGCUGCUCAGACACCACGUUGACAUGGAUGAUGAAGACGGCCGGUGCCUGCUAGAUGUAAUCUGCGAUCCUCAGGCCUUGAACGACUUCCUCCAUGGAUCUGAAAAGAUUGACAGUGAUGAUCUCCUGGACAACACCGGAGAUGCAGCCAGCUCCUUCUUUGAAGGUGCUGGGCUCCACGUCCAGGAGGCCUCUGGGAACCACCUCAGCACGGAGCAGAACCAACCGGCGGCCAGCGUGGACCUGGACUUCUUAGAAGAUGACAUCUUGGGGUCCCCAUCCAGCACCGGGGCCAACCUGGCCAACGCGGACCAGCCCUGCGACAUCCUCCAGCAGAGCCUCCAAGAGGCCAACAUCACCGAGCAGACCCUGGAAGCAGAAGCUGAGCUGGACCUGGGCUCCUUCCAGCUCCCCACCCUCCAACCCGUGGUGCAGGCGACGUCCGACGGCACCCCCCAGAUCUUCUCCGGUGGGGCCGACCUCAUCGGGCUGCAGCAACCCACGGUGCUCACCCACCAAGCGCUGGUGCAGCAGUCGGUGGGGGCCGACGUGGUCAACAAGGCCAUCAGCGUCCAGCCCUUCCUGCAGCAGGUCGGGUUGGGGAACGUCACCAUCCAACCCAUCUCCAACCUUCAAGGCUUGCCCAACGGCAGCCCCAGCGGGACCUUGGGCAUCGGGCCCAUCCAAGUGGUGGGGCAGCAAGUGAUGGCCAUCAACCAGUCGGCGCAGCAGAUCAUCGCCAAGCAGGUCCAACCGUCCCAAGUGGCCACCAUGCCCGUCGGGAGCUACAUCACCCAACCAGCACCCGAGCAGCAACAGGUCACCCUGGCCUCAACGGGGGUCUCUCCUCAAGGUGCCGGUCUCGUCAUCCAGAAGAACCUGCCCACGGUGGCCACCACGACGCUCAAUGGCAAUUCCAUGUUCGGAAGCGUCGCCGGCACUCAAGGCUCCCAACCUCUCACCGUCACCUCCAACCUGAGCAGCCCUUUGGUGCAAGCCCAGAACGUCAUCAUCCAUAGGACGCCGACCCCCAUCCAACCCAAACCUGCCGGCGUCCUCCAGCAGAAGCUCUACCAGAUCACCCCCAAGCCCUUUGCUUCCAACAACACCACUUUGACCAUCCAGAACGAAGCCGCCCUCCAGCAGCAGAAGGCCCAACAGAACCUCACCUUCAUGGCCAGCAAACCGGGGCAGAACGUGGUCCUCUCGGGCUUCCCCCAAGGCCUCCCAGCCAACGUCUUCAAGCAACCCCCACCCCAGCAGCAAGCCCUCAGCAAACCCAUGAGCGUCCACUUGUUGAACCAGGGCAGCAGCAUCGUCAUCCCGGCCCAACACGUCCCUCAGGCCAUGCUGCAGGGCCAGAACCAGUUCCUCCUCCCCGGCCAACUGGCCGGUGCCUCCACCGUGCAGCUCCCGCAGCAGCUCUCGGCUCUUCAGGCCAAUAUGGGCGGCCAGAUCUUGACCGCUUCCCAUCCUGGUGGCCAAGCCCACAUCAUCACGAGCCAAGGGCCCGGUGGGCAACUCUUGACCAACCAAGCGUUGCCGGCGCAGCUCCUCACCAACCAGAACAUCGCCAGCCCGCUGAACCUAGGCCAGGUCCUGACGUCGCAGAGCGCCCACGGCACCGCUCACAUCCUCUCGGCUCCCAUCCAGCUCCAGGCUGGCCAAGUGGGCCAACCGGCCCUCUUCCAGAUGCCCGUCUCCUUGGCGGGCAGCUUGAGCACCCAAAGCCAACCGGUGAUCCAAGGGGUGACCUUGCCCAACCAAGUUGCCAUGCUCAACGCCACCGAGAGCAUGGGGCAAGCAGUGAGCAUCCAACCUUCUGCUGCCACCACCAGCCAAAGCCCUGGCCUUGGGCAAGCGCAGGCAAGCACGGGCACCAACCUGUUGGCCAACACGGAGCCGGCGUCCAUCCUGACGGUGCAGACCUCCCAAGCUGCUCCUCUCCAGCUCAACGUCCCGCCGGCACCUCCAAGCCAACCGCCCGUCACUUCCCAAGCCAGCCCCACGUUGGCUUCCAGCCCGGAGAAGAUCAUCCUGGGACAAGCAGCCCCCGGUGCCGUCAUCAACCAGGACUCCAUGCAGAUGUUCCUGCAGCAGCAGAAGCUCCCUGGAGCAUCCCCGUCCCCUUCGCUACCUCAUCCUCCCCUUGGGGACACCCCGCAGCUCCCGGCUUCCCACCUCUCCCAAAUCCCCUCCCGCCCUCCUUCCCAACCCCAACCCCUUUCCCGACCCCCUUCCCAACCCCAAUCCCUUUCCCGGCCCCCUUCGGAGCCGCUCGCCCGGCCCUGCACCCCACAAGCCCCCUUGUACCUCAUUCCCAACCAGUUAUCCUCUUCCUCCUCCUCCUCCUCGCCCUUGGGGGGGGGGCAGCACCCGCUGCGGCCCCCAUCCCAACCCCAAGCGGCAUUCCCGGCGCCACAACCCGACGCCGAGAUCCCCCAUUCCCAUUCCCCCCACUUCCAGCUGCAAUUCCCAACCCAAAGCCAACUCAAACCCCCCGCUCCCGGCCACGCUCUGCACCUAAGCACGGAGCAGCAGAGGAGCUUCCCGAUGGUCCCGAGCCAAUUCCAAACCCUCCCGGCUCUUCCCAAUCCCGCUCCUCAACCGAAGCCAAUACUGGACAGGUUCCAGCAGGGCAUCAUCCUGCAGCCGAAGCAGCCCCCGGCCAGCCAGGCCCCCACCGCGCUCGCCCCAUUCGGCACCUCGGCCCCCUCGGUGCUGGUGAGUGGCCCGGGGCAACCGGUGACGGUGACGGUGACAACCACGACCACCACAGCCACUGCAGGAAUCACGGCCCCGGCGCCUGCCGAGAGCAAAACCUUUGCCAGUGUUUCCACCGCGAUUCCCGCUGGGAAAGGGGCCGUGGCCCAGGGAAAGCCGGGAACGCCGCUCGCCAUCCAGCAGCCAGGGCAGCCGAAGCCCGGGGUGCUCAGCCUUGGGAAGGGUCCUCUGCAGCUCCAGGUGGUCGGAAAGGGAAUGCCGCAGCUCCUGCCCGCCCAGCCGCUGUUCGACACCAAACUGGGCCUGAAGAAACCCCCCGCCCUCCAACCCAGCAAAGAAGCUUGUUUCCUGGAGCAGCUCCACAAGCACCAGGGCUCCGUGCUGCAUCCCGACUACAAGGCCGCCUUCCGCUCCUUCGACGAUGCCCUGCAGCGGCUCCUGCCCUACCACGUCUACCAGGGGGUGCUGCCCUCGGCCCACGACUACCGCAAGGUGGACGAGGAGUUCGAGGUGGUCUCCACGCAGCUGCUCAAGCGCACCCAGGCCAUGCUCAACAAGUACCGGCUGCUGCUGCUCGAGGAGUCCCGGAGGGUCAGCCCGUCAGCCGAGAUGGUGAUGAUCGACCGCAUGUUCAUCCAGGAGGAGAAGACCACGUUGGCCCUCGACAAGCAGCUGGCCAAGGAGAAACCAGACGAAUACGUCUCCUCCUCUUCCUCCUCCUCCUCCUCUUCUUCCCGCGCUCCCGGCGUUCCCUCCUCCUCUUCCUCUUCCUCCUCCUCCUCCUCCUCCUCCUCUUCUUCCUCCUCCUCUUCCUCCACCUCGGUCUCCAGCACCACCCCGACCCCGGAGAGCCUGAAGGCCCCCCCGGUGCCCACCCCUAUGGUCCACCCCACCAAACUGGUCAUCAAACACAGCGGUGGCUCCCCAUCGGUCACUUGGGCCAAAGCCAACCCGGCUCCGUUGGAUGGCGAUGAAGACGCUCUUCCAUCCCGAAGCAAACCACCCAUCAAGACCUACGAAGCCCGGAGCAGGAUUGGACUCAAGUUGAAGAUCAAACAAGAAGCUGGCUUAAGCAAAGUGGUCCAUAACACGGCGCUGGACCCCGUGCACCAACCCCCUAGCACGUGUCGGGUCAUCCGAGCCACCGGAGCCACCAUGAACGGCUCCCUUGACCACGGAACGUCGGGAAUGAGCGACAAGAAGCCUAUGGUCACCUAUUGCCGUUUACCCCUCCGGAAGACCUAUAGGGAGAACGUGGAUGCUUUCUUAGGGGAGAAAGGCCCCGAUCCCGGCUCCAAAAGCACCAAAGUGGACCCCAUCCCGGCCGGAAGCAACGUGAAGCCUGAGGAUGGCUCCCGGAGCGUCAUCACCACCUCCCAUAGGAGCCGGGAGAAGCCAACGGAGAAGAGCCGCUUGGAGGAGAGCUCCAAGCUCUUGGUGCCAAGCAAACCCGAAGACUCCACCAGUGGCCUUCUGAAGGAGCUCGCGGAGGUCGAAGAGGACUUUUACCACGGGAUGAUCAAACCGGAGCCUCCGGAUCAAAGCGCCGGGCCGGAACUCCAUUGGGAAGCGCCGUUCCCGGCGGCCAAGCGCCGUAAGUCGGAAUCUUUGGAAGUGGAUAACGCCAGCUUCUCCAGCGACAGCCCCCAAGACGAUGCCCUCAACGAGCAUCUCCAAAGCGCCAUCGACAGCAUCCUCAACCUCCAGCAGCAUCCCGGCGCUUCCCAAAGCAUCCGGACGCCUUCCUCUUCCUACAAUUCCUCCUCUUCCCCUUUCUCCUCGCCCGCCCACCGCACGGACACCUUCGUCGCUGCCCCCAACCACAACGGUGGCCUUGGCGCCAGGACGUUGACCAGAUAACAGAGGAAGCUCCUGCUUGGAAUCCCGUUGGGAAAAAAAGGGGUUGGGAAGAUGGGAAU